UUAAAAAAUAACCCUGUCUGUCGGCGCAUCACUCCCGUUCCCUGUUGCCUUUCUGCUCCGUCGCCUCUCUCCUCGCUCAUUGCCUCUCUGCUCGGUGGCCGCAGCCGUCUCCAGAUAACCUUUACGCGGCACCGCUGAUUCCACCGUCUUCAUCCCGGGUUAUUGGCGUUUCAGUAAUCAUGAAGGUAAGGUCAUCUGUGAAGAAGAUGUGUGAGUUCUGUCGGACAGUUAAACGUCGAGGACGUGUAUAUGUGUUGUGCACGGCCAACCCUAAGCACAAGCAAAGACAAGGCAUGUCAACAGUAGCACUAGCAGGGUCAUCUCAUACAGUGUCCUUGGAGCCAAGCAACAAGCAGAUUAGCUUUACCAACGGCUCACGUACAGGUCUGGCAUCUCUUCUUCCACAAAGGCACAGCCUCUCUAUGCUGUACGGAUGGAGAGUGGGCCUGGCCUCUAUUCUGUCUAAGAAGUGAGCGUAGCUAGCGACUUGGAAUCAAAAAAGAUCAUCAUGUCAGAAGUAGUGACUUCAUAGGAGAACUUAAUGGAUAAAUCACAACUCUUGAUCAAGGCCUUUUGCCUCCCUCCUUUCUUUGUAUUGUUUGUUUUGUUUUGUUUUGUUUUGUUUUUACCUCUAUCUGAUCUACCACCAUUCAUAGUCUUGUUACUUGUUAGAAGGUUAGCUUGCAGGUGCAGCAAAACUUGUGUGGACUCUUUUGUAUGCGUUUUCCAGUACUAUUUGGAAAAUUUUAAACUUGGUACAUCAUAGGAUUUUUCUAUUUGAUGCAACCUUCUUUUA